CAUAUACACUUAACGAAAACAGCUGUUUUUAAAUUCUUAUUGGAAGAAUACAACAACAACGAGGUUUCUAACAUUAUUUUUUUAAUGUUAACAUCUAACAGUUGCGUCAACAGUAAAAUUAAAUAAAGAAUGUUUCUUUUACAUUAGUGGUUCUAAAACAAAAAUAAUAACACUUUCCUUAAAAGGCAUAAAUUAUUAUAUUUAAAUAAUAUAGAAGCAAAUUAAACGUGUUCGCAUCAUAAGAAUCGGGAAAAAAUAAUUUGUCAAUUUUAAAAAGAUUUUCAAUAACCAGUCUAGACCUUUAGACAUUCAACAGAAAAAUGUCAAUGCCAAUGAAUAAUGUAAAUCAAGGAGGCUACGUUCCUCCCGGCUAUGCGCCUAAUGCUGCUCCAGGAAAUUAUAAUCCAAGCGCACCGCCACCAGGCAAUUACGGAUUUGUUCCUGGACAACAGCCACAAGGUUACGCACCUGUACCUCAAAUGCCUUACGGUGAAGUGCCAUUUGGUGGUGGAGCACAACCACCAUAUGCGAAACCACCUGCUUACGGUGGGGCACCACCACCGCAACAAAUGCCCUAUGGUGGAGGACCACCACAGCAGUAUAAUGGAGGUGGCGGUUUUCAGCCUGGAUAUGAUGCACCAAAUGCUCCAAUUGUAACUCAACCAGGCCAACCUAUGCCAUCAGGUCAACCAAUGGGCCCACCCGGCGACUGGAUGAGUAUACCGCCCGGCAUUCCGAAUUGUCCGCGCGGUUUGGAAUACCUUACUAGUAUAGAUCAACUGUUAGUUAAGCAAAAAGUCGAAUUAUUAGAGGCUUUUACCGGUUUCGAAACCAAUAAUAAAUUUUCCAUUAAAAAUGCUCUCGGUCAAAAGGUCUACUAUGCCGUCGAAGAUAAUGAUUGCUGUACCCGAAACAUGUGUGGUCCAGCACGUCCAUUCGAUAUGAAAAUUUUUGAUAAUUUCCGUAAUGAAGUUAUACACGUACAUCGACCAUUGGCCUGCUCCAGUUGUUUGUUUCCAUGCUGUUUACAAUCAAUGGAAGUCUCGGCACCUCCUGGCAAUGUUGUCGGUACCAUCGAACAGGAAUGGAGUCUCUGUGCACCAGCAUUUAGAAUUAAAAAUCAUAUUGGUGAUACUGUUUUACGUAUUGAGGGUCCAUUCUGUACAUUUUCUAUGUGUGGUGAUGUUGAGUUUAAUAUUCUUUCUUUGACUGGUGAAAACAUUGGCAAAAUUUCCAAACAAUGGUCUGGAUUGGCACGUGAAAUAUUUACUGAUGCCGAUUUCUUUGGUAUAACUUUCCCCUUGGAUUUGGAUGUUCGUAUGAAAGCUGUGCUUUUAGGUGCAACAUUCCUUAUUGAUGCCAUGUUCUUUGAAAAAUCCGCUAAUAUUGAAAGUGAUCGUCCCGGAAUGCUGUAGACAUUUUAAAACCAUAAACAUUUAUUAUUUUUAUUAUUUUAUUAUUACUAUUAUUUUAUUUGAAAAAUAUGUCUAUGUAACAUACAUAUGUACAUAUACUAUCUACAUACAUGAUUAUGUAUAAUUUAUUUAAAAAUAUUUUAUAAUAUUCUGCUUGGUUUUACUUACAAUUAUUAAUUUUUGUAUUUAAAAGUAUUUUUUAUCAAAUGAAAAAAAAAACUACAAUCAACACCAAACUGUUUUCUAUUCUGUUGUUGCUUUAAAUAAAUAAUUAAACUCAGGAUAUUAUUUAUUUAUAAUACUUAUUGUUAAAGUAUAAAAAAAGUUAUUUCUUGUAUGAAUAUGAAAAUAUAAAUUUAAUUCAUUGUUAAUUAAAUAACGUUUAAAUCGCCUGUGUAUUUUAUUAAAAUCUCCCUAAAAUGUU